CGCACGCGUCGCUCACGCAUGUAUCGAUAUUAAUCCAGAUUUCAUACAAAUAUUUAAAAAAGGUUUUCUAUGUAGUUAGUGUAGUUGUAUAUAAGUGAAAACAUAAAAAAAUAAGUGAUAAGCAUUGAGGAAGUGUAAAUUCAGAAUAAAAGGGUUUAAUAACUAAAUGUUUAAUAAAAAAAUAUAUAUAUAUUCGGUUCAUGGAGAUUUUGUUUUUGUGAUGUAGUGGUGGAUCAGAUGACUACAGUUAUUUUAAGUGAAAAAGUAAGUUGGAUCGUUGAUCGUGAAAUUAAUACGUGUGACAAAGACGACGUUUUCAACAAGAUUGACUUUACAAUAAAGAUUUCAAAAAAAGAUCGUAAAUUCAAAAUGACUCACAACGUACACACAGUUAUAACGCAAAGAGCAAACAAACAAUAAAACAGUAACUAUUUUGAGCUAACAAAACGAGCAAGGAGCAAACAUGGUUUCUUCCCGGCACGCGACUCUAGUUAUAUAUCACAACAUGUUUAUUUGUAUUGUCGUCUCGCUCUUGCUGCCGAUAGUUAACGAAGGUGCAGGCGAGACGGCGUAUCGCUCCCGAAGUUACCCUACUGAAGGGAAGAGGUUGACAAGAGAGUAUCAUUUGAGACAAGGGGCGUUACGAGGGUUCAUAAUGAAGCCGGGACCUCACUACAACCUGCAACCUGUAGAGGUGUUUCUAGGAAUCCCUUAUGCUGCCCCUCCAGUUGGAAUCUUCAGAUUCAUGCCACCAGCCAGUGCGCCCCCAUGGCCCGGAGUAAAAAUCGCAGACAAGUUCGCCCCUGUCUGUCCACAGUCUCUGCCCCCAGUGAGAAAAGGCAACCCCCCCGCGCCGGGCAGACAGGCCUACAUGCAGAGACUGAUCCCCUUCCUCACCAAUGAGUCUGAGGACUGCCUCUAUUUGAACAUCUACGUGCCUUUCAGAGAUCACGAAAGAGCAAAGAAAAUGCCAGUCCUUGUAUUCAUUCACGGCGAUUCCUUCGAAUGGGGCUCAGGGAACCCGUACGAUGGCAGCAUCCUAGCUUCCUACGGGAACAUCAUAGUUAUCACCGUUAAUUUCAGACUCGGGAUUCUAGGUUUCCUCAAGCCAAGUCUUACAGACCACGCAUACGGCAACAACGGUCUACUGGAUCAGCUGGCGGCGCUGCAGUGGAUCAAGGAGAACAUCGAGGACCUGGGAGGAGAUUCCUCAUCAGUGACUGUCAUGGGCCACGGCCGAGGCGCGGCGUGUGCUAGUUAUCUCAUGUUGUCUCCCAUUUCUUAUGGUCUGUUCCAUCGAGCAAUUCUGAUGUCAGGGACUGCAUUGUCUGACUGGGCGAUGACCAAAGAUCCUGGAAGAUAUACAUUUCAAGUAGCUCAGAGCUUGAAAUGCAACCCCACAUCGAAGAACAUGAUGGCGUGUCUUCAAAAUAAACCAUUAGCAGAAAUAAAAAGCGUCCAGAUUCUCGCACGCCAGUUCGAAGUACCACUAGGACCAAUAGUCGCUGGCUCCUUCAUACCCAGCGAACCAGUGGAAACUAUGGCGUCCUUCCCCAAUUUACUGAGCAAAUACCAGGUCUUGAGUGGAGUGACGGAACUGGAGAGCUAUCAUGACUUCGGAGCUAUGGAACUGGAGCUGGGCAUGCUGGAGACUCAGCGAGACGACCUCAUCACCAAGUACGCUGAGAUCGUGCUUGGCGGCGAUGGGAAAGAGCUCAUGAAGGAGAUAUUAAGACAAUAUUUGCCGUCAAAACUAGAUCCUCAGCGGUGGGGGGUGAAUGAGAAUCGUGACGUUAUCCUCAACAUCUUCAGCGAUGCCAGAACGCUAGCGCCAGUCAUCAGUUUCGCCGACUACCAGUCAAAGGCCAACAGACAGUCGUACUUCUACGUCUUCGGACACAACUCCAUCAGUACAGAGUACGCUGCACUCAACAAGAGCGUCAACGGCGAAGAGUUGCCAUAUGUUCUGGGCAUCCCGCUCGGAGGAGCCAACACCCACUUCCAUACUGAGUAUACACCUAAGGAGAAGCUUCUCAGCGAGGUCAUGAUGAGACUGUGGACCAACUUCGUGAAGAUCGGAACUCCAAACACCCAGAGCGUCAAUAAAUAUUACACAUUGGAUUCAAAAUCCUGGCACCAGUACAAUGUUGAAUGGCCAGAAUAUGACGUCAGUCACCAGUCUUACUUGAAAAUAGAUAUACCUCCAUACAUUAGCAGCUUGUACAGGUCAAAUUUCACUAAAUUCUGGCUCGACACGUUGCCUAAGAAGACAAGACGAACCUUCAUCGACCCCAUGUUUGAGCCGCCAACGCCCAAGCCUAAACCAACACGACGCGACCCAGAUCCCAUUCAGAAGUUAAUCCACUUUCGAGAAAAUCACGCAUCACGUGGAGCAGCUCCAUCCAUAUCCUACGGCAGAGUACGUCCCUAUUCACCGCCAGAACCACAACCAGAUCCAGAUAUUCGCUUCAGGGAAAUAUCAUCCAUUGAAUCCCCUUCGCGAGCUAUCCCUAAUCACAUGGAAAAACUCUAUACAACUACAAUAAAACCAAAACUGUUUCCAAUUGCAAUGAAACCACCAAUACCAGUAAAAACUUCUAGUGCUACUAUGACCCUUAUAAUAUCACUUGGAGUUCUUUUUCUCGCUGUAAAUGUAGGAAUAUGCGCAAUAUUGUAUAUUAAAAAGCGCAGACUACGUCUUAGGGAGAGAGUCGUCGAGAACCCUCGACCGCCUCGAGCCGAGAUUGGGGAAGUGGAUGUAAUCGGUCAAAAGAGUUCUAAGGACGACAAAAGUGCUUUGCAAACAUUUAAAAAUGGCUGUAACGUUUUAAAAUCGAUGAGUUUGACAAAAAUACGUAGAAAUAGUAAAAAAAGUAAGAAAAAGUCAGAAAUAUGUAAAACGCCGAAAUCUGAUGACUCGGGCGGGUUUCGAGAAAGAUUCCAAUUAAGGAGACAUUUGUCGACAAGUACAUUAGAUGCUCAUACUAAGGUGAGGGAUUGGAUAACUAAUGAAGUAAUGCAUAGGUGUUCUCCAGGAAUUUUGAGAAAAUCUAACUCUGAUCUAAAUAAUGACAAGCACUUGACGAUAGUAAAACCUUUUACACGAUCAGAAGAACUUCUUUCAGAGACUAAACGUUCCAAAAGAGAUGUAAAAGAUAUAAAAGAAAAAAAUAAUCAGAAAUCAAAUUCUAGAAAAUCAGAUGGUACCAAAACUAGAACUUCUGAGAAGACAACAUCAACUUCUGCUCUUGAUUCACACUCCUCAAUCGGAAGUCACAAAAAUUCAACAACAAGUCUUAGACGUACGGGACAUUCAACUGACUCUUUAAAAAGCAAGGGAACUGAAAGUAUUAAAUCAAGGAAAGUGUCUGUAGCUAUUGAUGCAACACCAGCAGCUAGGACAAAUUCAAUUCUUAGGCAAGAACCUAUAGAAAUAACUAAAUCAUUGGAUUAUUCCGAUCAAAGACAUUCCAAUACUGAAAAUAAGCUACAAAGAUCUAAAACAGAACAAGAUAUUAAAGCUGAGAAAGAAAUUACGACAGAAAAUAAAGAAACUAAGACGUAUACUAAUGUUGUGACUCUUUCUGUGCAACAAGAAAAGCCGUUGAAAAUAUAUCAUAAGCAUUCCACUUCAGAUCCUGUUACAGAUGUCAACUAUGAUAAGUUAAUUAAAGAAAAAAUGGAAAACCAAACUUUAGAUAUACUUCCUCCGGUUACAUUCAGAAAUGAUAUAAAUGUAACUUCAAGGGAUGAAAAGAUACAAACAGAGCCUUUGACCGCAGCCGAAGCUUUGCUUACUAUUCAAAGAAGAAAUUUCCCGAAAGUCCUACCUGAUUUACCAAAAGCUCAAAAAAGGCUGUCAUUGCAGCCUAAUAGUUUGCAAACUUUUAGAGGUUUUGGAAGUAUAGAUCAUCAGGUUGAACGACCUAAAAUCCCACCUCAGCCUCCGCCUCGUACGACAACUUUAGAAAGGAGGCUUGCAUAUAAAAAUACAAAACCAUUGUCAUCAUUCGAUCCUACGAUUAUUAACAAAAUCACGGAAACUGACACGUUGAAUAAAAAUUACGAAAACAUCAAUACUCUAUACUCACAAUUAGAAACGACCAGUGAUAUAUCAAAAUCAUUUGACAAAAUUGAAUACAUUGACAAACCGGAAUCAAUUAUUUUAACUCAAAGAGAUAGAGACUAUCCCAAAGUUAUAAUCGCUUCUAGUACUACUCCAUUGAGUGAUCCCAAAAUCAUCAUAAAACCAACUCCAAGUAAAAUAGAAUUACCUUCAAAUAUACCACGAGUCAGACUACCAGAUGAUUUUCAUUCUCAAGCUGGCUCAGUCACGUCUUUUUCCUCGUUUUGUUCUGAAGACGACGAUGACGAUACUGGUGAUGAAUUAGAUGAUAUUGCAGAAGACAAACUUUUGCAAGAGUUGGUUGGUGGAGUGGAAUCUCCUACAGAUAUGACACAGAUUCUAGACACAAAAGGUCCUGACUCCGUUUAUGGGAAAAAAUUGGAAAUUGUGCCAGUUAAAUUAAAUCCAGGUUACAUUUCACCUAAAAACAAAGAAGACUACGUCUGCGUUACAGACUUGCAUUUACCAGAUGUUACGGACUUAGAAAAAACUGCCCAAAUCAAGCCCAAUUUCGGCCUUAACAAACUUCAACAUCGAACUGAAAGUAUUCACAGGCCUCCAGAAAAAGCUGUUAAAGUGAAACAGAAAAGGUCAAUGAAACCUAGUUCACUUUUAAAUAGAAGUAAUAGAAGUAGUAAGAGGAGUAGUGAUAAAAGUAAAAGUAGUUCAAGUACUCUAGACUAUUCUAACUCAGGGUCGUCUAAUGAUACCGAAACUAGUACAGGCACAGUGAGAAAAGUUGAAGUGAAAUAAGACUGUAGAAAAAAAAUAUAAUUAUAUCACCUUUUUCAUUAACUAAUUUAGAAAUUUUUAUAUCAAUUUUUUUUAUUGUACUUAUUAGGACCCGCAUUGAUACUAUCUUAGUCUUAACACAUAUGUAUUAGAAAAUUAUUACAAUCUAAAAAUAUACGUUUUGAUAAAUA